UCUGAUGCAGCUGUCACUGUGUGAGCUGCUCGUCUUCUCGUACAGACAUUUCUCUCUGCUCAUCCGAAGUGUUUUCAUCUCGUUUCUGGACCACGACGGAGUCAUUUGACGUCGCCUGGCUCUUGUGAAAACCAGCCUUCCGAGAAAAUUCUCCAGCUGUUUUGCUCCUCAAUGCCACUUUUUGUUGUGCCAAAAAUUGAGGCCUGCUUGACUGAUAAGACUGGCUGCAGCAGUCGUGUUCAAACACGCCCCGUCUCUGUCGCUGUCCUUCCUGGAAGAAAACCAUGUGGAGCCUUGUCUUUUUAUUGAAAGUAGGCCAGCGAACCCAGAGAUAAUCACAGCAGCAUGACCCUCGGAUCCGUGGUUGCUAAUCCACUGCACGCCGUUUUUCUGGGACCCUGCAGGAAGAACACAACUGUGAACUGCGAGCCGCCUCGCUGCGGCUGUUUGACAGGAGACACCUGACCUGCUGGCAUUCACCACCGAGCCAUUUCUGGAAGAAGUUCUUCCUUCCUCAAAGUUAGCUCUCUCUACCCCUCACCACAGCAACGGCACCGCCUUGGUGCCGUUGCUGACCUGACUAACAGGAAUGUGAUCGCUGUGCAGAUCAAGAGCCAUCAGACUUGUAGCAACAAGCACACACUCUGCUUGUUGCAUCAGAUCUGAGAGCAAUCGACGUGAGUGUGGGUGUGUUUCGUGUGGCUUAGUUAAAAAAAACAAAAAACGUUAGAUCAGGAAGUGUGAUGCUGUGACAGGACAGGAGGAAGCAGGCUCAGAAUGGCAGUGUGUGCCUCUGCUUGAUAAUAUGAUGGGCCCCCGGCUGAAGACCCCGGCUCUGUUCCUGCUGCUGCUGCUCGGCGCUCUGACCGGGACAGCAUUUUGUGAUGAUGGGACAACAAGUGAAACAGACAGUACCAGUACAUCAAGUGAGGGUACAACUACAACUACUACAGUGAGCUCUGACCCUGGAGAUGCUUCCACUACAAACGCAACAGCUGAGACUGAAGGAUCUGGUUCAGAUGAACCUGAUACUUCAACCAAUAAAUUUCCUAUGACUGAAAAAUCAGAAAGUUACAUCGACAAUGACCCAUCCAUCCUGAUUGGUGCGGUUGUGGCGGGCAUAAUCAUUGGUACCAUCAUUGUUGCUGGCGUUGUCAUCUGGUGGAGAAGCAGUAAAAAAGCAGGGAACCAAGAGCUUACAAAAGAAGACCCACACUUAGACGGACCAAGCUCAGAGAAGGUCCCUAUGCCAAAGUUCGAAGAAGACGUGCCGUCUGUGCUGGAGCUUGAAAUGGAUGAACUGGACCAGUGGAUGAAGAAAGACAGUUAGAGGAUGACGCAUCCCAGACCGUGCUUCACUUCCAUCUUUCAUAUUUCAACUCUUUCUUGACUAUUUUUCCUCAAACCGGACGUGCUUAUUUCCUGUCUGGAGUCAACAGUGUUAUGCUGGACACAACGCAGCGAAGUAUCCGUCUCAAAGGAGCUGCACCUCCUGGUCGUCCCUCAGUGGAGACAAACUGCUACUAAUGUCAUUACUUACGCUUUGUUUAAUGUGUUUCAUUCAGAUCCAUGCACAGUGUUUCAAUGCACAUUUCAUCUGAUCUUUUGCGCCUAAAACACAGGAAAAAAAGAAAAAAAAAAACCUCAACCAAAUGUGUCCUCAGUGUCUCUAGAUUCACACAGUUGGUCUGUGUGUGUUCAGCUCGGCGUGUAAUGGGAAAAUAACCUUCCCCAACCCUUCCAGAUGACUGCUCACUGCUCCCCCGGUGGCUUUUCCUCUUGCUCAAAUGUUACAUGACUCCCUCCAGCUGCAGGUUGUAAUGACUGUGGGCAGGCAUGACGGAGAACAUCUGUUUGUUAUCGUUUGCAGAACAGCUCUGGAUUUACACAGAGAUUGUUUUUAUUCUAAGUCUCCGAGUCGUCGAAGCAAUGAGACUCUGGCUUCCGAGGCUUUUGAUAAAUUAUUGGCCACUUCGCCAAAGUGGCUGUUGAUCAGAUAAGAGAUACCAGAUGAAUAUCUUGACUAAAUUCCUCUGAUCGCCUGAUGCUUCUCACAGAUUUUCUUCCCCCCCGGUUUUGCCUGUAAAAGUUGUCGGAUGUGAACGAGUAAACACUGAUGCAGAUGUGAGUCCUUUGAGAUUCAGGCAGUGUUGGACGUGAACUUGCACUGUAAAUAUUUCAAUGCCAAAAUAUGUUAUUGUGACAUUUCUGUAAAUAUAUAGCAUGUGGAGUUUUGUUUGGCUUGUGAAGCUCUUCAGUUCCAUGAUUAAAGUGUCCCGAUGAAAAGAC